GGCGAUUUUGAUUUGCUUUUUGCUCUGGUUUCUUGUUCGGCUUGGCUGGCUGUUCGAAGAAGAAAGGAGGGAGAGGAAGGCGAUAACAAUGGAGAAGUACUUUGGAAAUGCGUAUCGGGGCGACCCCGGAGUGCCGCACGCGGACCCGGACAGGUUCUUCAACAUAUGGAUUGGGUCGGCUGCUUUCUCUGCUCUCACCUGGGUCAAUCCCUACAUGUGGCAUCUCACUAACCAGUUCAACAGUUGGCACGACAAGGCAUUCUUAUUUGAGCAGUAUCACUGGAAGAAAGCUAGGGCCAAGAAUCAGCCCUACAAAUUUAAGUGGAACGAGUACAUGGACAAGGACCACCGAGAUUCGUAUUAUUACAACUGGCCGUACUACUUCCCUUAGGCUCUGCCUCUCUUGUUUCGAUCAUUGUGGCGAAUGGACAAUUGGGGUUGUAGCUAGUAGAUGCAGCCUUCGUUUUGCGAUGCUUGUCAUUGUGAAUUUGAACACCUUGAAUAUAGUAGCUUCCUAGCUGGAGCUUUACUCUUUCGUCCAUUGUUCAUCGCUCAUCAUAAACUUGCUCUACUCCCUUCAAUCCCGAUCGUCAAUUGCUUUAUAUUAUCUACUAGAUGAGCUUCAUGUUUAUGUGGGAAGAUUCAGUACACAAUUUCAAUUUGUCUGUCUAAUGUGUGUGGAACUUGAUAAUAAAACCAAUGACGGCGGUUCAGGGAUGACUGCUAAGUACUACCCGUGUUCUUUCCAGGAAGGCAU